AGUCCAACAGCAAAAGGAGAAAAUACACAUUGGCUGUUGCCCUCUCGAGAACUUCAAAGCUUAUUUUAACCCUUUUUUAUACCUCAAAUCGUUACCCAAAUUCUCCCAAUUUUCUCGGCUCAAUUUUUCUUCUUCAAUCACAUCCAUGGCGUCCCAAAUUUUACGUCGCUUGGUUGGAAACCAUACCACAUCCGCCUCCAAUCUCACCCGUCAACUCUCCACUACCACCCCAAUUACCGCCACUCUCUUUCCUGGGGACGGAAUUGGUCCUGAGAUCGCAGAGUCCGUCAAACAGAUAUUUAAAGCAGCUCAAGUUCCAAUUGAAUGGGAGGAACACUUUGUGGGGAAGGAAGUUGAUCCUAGAACCCAAAGUUUUCUCACAUGGGAAAGUUUGGAAUCAGUACGCCGCAACAAGGUGGGACUUAAAGGCCCUAUGGCUACCCCAAUUGGAAAGGGGCAUCGCUCACUUAACCUUACCUUGCGGAAGGAACUCAAUUUGUAUGCUAAUGUGAGACCUUGCUUCAGUCUUCCUGGAUAUAAGACCAGGUAUGAUGAUGUAGAUCUUGUUACCAUUCGUGAGAACACUGAAGGGGAGUACAGUGGUCUUGAGCACCAAGUGGUUAGAGGUGUGGUUGAAAGCAUCAAGAUCAUUACACGUCAAGCAAGUUUGAGAGUUGCUGAGCAUGCCUUUCAGUAUGCAAAAGCUCAUGGAAGAGAGAGGGUUUCUGCCAUUCACAAAGCAAACAUCAUGCAGAAAACCGAUGGUCUUUUUCUCAAGUGCUGCAGGGAAGUUGCAGAAAAGUACCCCGAGAUAAAAUAUGAAGAAGUUGUCAUUGACAAUGCCUGUAUGAUGCUUGUGAAGAAUCCUGCCCUAUUUGAUGUCUUGGUCAUGCCUAACCUUUAUGGUGAUAUUAUCAGUGACUUGUGUGCUGGUUUGAUUGGUGGCUUGGGUUUAACGCCAAGUUGCAACAUUGGCGAAGGAGGUAUUGCUCUUGCUGAAGCUGUGCAUGGAUCAGCCCCUGAUAUUGCCGGAAAGAACAUGGCAAAUCCAACGGCCUUGCUUCUUAGUGCCGUGAGCAUGCUACGACACUUAGAACUUAACGACAAAGCUGAUCAAAUUCAGAAUGCUGUUCUGAACACAAUCUCAGAGGGCAAAUAUCGAACAGUCGAUCUUGGAGGAAAAGCUUCAACUUCAGACUUCACACAAGCAAUUUGCGAUCAUCUCUGAACACAUACGAACUCUACAUUAAGCAUGCGUCUGAUUAGUUUAUUUUCUAUGAAGUUCCUCCCUUCAAACAUGUUUUCUUUUUAUCUUGGAAGGUGAUUGCCUUGAUAAAUGUCGACAAAGACUACACGGCAUGUUCAUCUUCUAGGAGGAAUGAGCAAUACAACCUGGUUUUGUUUGAUAUAUUCUUUAAAACGCUUCCUAUGGAUACUGGAAGCCCCAAAGUUUUUAUGAGAAAUGUACCAAACUCGGUCCCUAUUUUAUCAAAUAUCAAUAAGUAGGAUUUUGAUGGGUCGGCUCGGACCGGCUGAUUGGGCAUGUUUAUAUUUUUAGCUCAUGGUAUUGUACUCAAUAAUCUUUUUGGUGAUGUACCGGCAGUAUUUUAUCAUGCUUUUAAUUCUAAUGUCCUUAAAUGUCGUUUUGCUUUAACAAA